AAAGAAAAGAAAAAAACAAAAACAGGCGGCGACAAGGCAUUGGGGUUCUCCACUCUGCAGCUUCCACUCUCAAAACAACACCUUCACUCCCAAAUUCCAAAAUCGAAAUCCCAAAACCCUAGGAGAGAGAAACACAGAGAGACGUUGAAUGAGUGGUUAAUGGCGUCGUCGAAGCUCAUGCCGUCGUCCAAUUCAAGAAAAUCGGAGGCCUCUCCUUCCCCUUCUCCCACCCCACAAUUCACCACCAACAACUUCAUGCCCAUCCCCGACGCCGCCCCCAAAACCGUCGACGACGUCUGGCGGGAGAUCGUCGCCGGCGACCGCCGCGACUGCAAGGAGGAGGCCCCCGACGACGAGAUGAUGACGCUCGAGGACUUCCUCGUCAAGGCCGGCGCCGUCGACGACGACGACGGCACCGACCACGACGCUGACAUCAAGAUGCCAAUGCCCCUCGGCAGCGGCGUCUUCUCCUUCGACCCCCUUCCCACGACGCCGUUUCCCGACGCCGCCGAAGGCUCCGUCAUAGGGUUCGGAAACGGCGUGGAGGUGGUCGAAGGUGGGAGAGCGAAGAGAGCGCGUCCCGUUUUGGAGCAGUUGGACAAGGCCGCGCAACAGAGACAGAGGAGGAUGAUCAAAAACAGAGAGUCUGCUGCUAGGUCUAGGGAACGCAAGCAGGCUUACCAAGUUGAAUUGGAGUCAUUGGCGGUGAGACUAGAAGACGAGAAUGACAAGCUAAUCAAGGAAAAGGCUGAGAGGAAAAAGGAGAGGUACAAGCAGCUAAUGGAAAAAGUACUCCCUAUUGGGCAGAAGCAAAGGCCACCAUGCGUACUCCGUAGAGCUCGCUCCUUACAAUGGUAGAUCAAAUACUCGCUCCUUACAAUGGUAGAUCAAAUUUGCUAGUGGUGCAAGGAAAGGAAUUGAAUAUUAACCACAUCAGUGAUGGGGGAAAUAAUAACAUGAGCAAAUUAAUCAUCAUCCUACUAAAUCAAAGUUCUCAGCCUAUAGGUUAUUCUUAAAGGGAGUCGUGGUCAAUGAUAUGAAGAGAUAGAAGGAAUUGGAGCCAGAGUCGCCAAGGAAAAUUCCUUUUACGUAAAAAAACAGCAUUCGCUUAUUCUUAGGAGGUAAAAGUAGAAGUAUGGAGUUGGACCAUGUAGUUCAGAUACAAAUUAGACAUUCUGGUCUUUCCCGUGCAGAAUGCCAAUGUGUGCUAGUAUAGAGCAAAGGGGAUAUGUAGACGAGUAUAUAAUGUAGUCAUGGCUUAGACAGAUAUUUAUUUGGAGAAAAAGUAUAUAGAAAUUGUUUAUGCGAUCUGUCA